AUGAGUGCGAUAGACUGGACACAAGACGUCGCUAACGUGGAAUCUCUCUUGGGCUCGCCAAUAUUCGACUCCGAAUACGGAUUUGGAGGAAACGGCGAUUACAUCGCAGACAUUAGCGGCUUCCCCGACGAAUGGGUAACCGACAUAGAUAUACCCGGGAGAUCAGGAGGCGGCUGUCUGACGGAUGGGCCAUUUGCUGGAAUUAACGCGUCGAUGGGACCUGGAAGGCAUACCGAAUACACCCCUCAUUGUAUUCGACGAGAUAUCAGCCCCUGGCUGAUGUUACGCUCAUUAAAUGCAGAUACGGUCAAUUUCGUUCUGAACUCAAGCAGCUUUUUCGAACUCGAUCACCGGAUCGAAGGUCUUGCCCUUGGCGUCCUAGCAGUGUCAGUCCACGGUGGUGGACACCUGGGCAUCGGGGGUAUGCUUGGCGACAUGGCGAAUACUUGGUCCUCGACCGUCGACCCUAUUUUUUGGGUUCACCACUGCGCUAUAGAUCAUCUGUGGGAUGUCUGGCAACGAAACGACUGGGAAAAAAGGAAGUCGGAAAUAGGGGGCCCUGAUACACAGUGGGCGUAUCCGUACAACUAUUUUCGUGAUAAACCUUAUAGGAACGUCACCUUGGACUUUGCUAUGAACCUUGGUGAGGUAGGAGGAAUGGUGAACAUCAGUGAAGUAAUGGACUUACAAGCCAGCCCAUUUUGUCUUACGUACUCGUAA